UAUUAGUACAGCAAAAAAAAAACGGUUUAGAAUGUUAGGAAAUCGUUUUUACCAAAAAUUUUAUCUCCAGUGUGGCCGCUGUAAGGGAAUUCAGAGGGCUGCGCAGGGGUAUCGACCGAUUCCCAAUCCCAUUCUCUUUGAUUCCGACGAACACUGCCGUAGUUAUCACAACGAACAGCGUCGCGCGAAGGGCUUUAUCGGUAUGCGCGUAUCUUGUCGGUGUGAUGUAUGCCACCAUAUGCAUUCGGAUUGGACGGUGUUAGAUGCACAGAAGUUUAUCGAUAUCAAACUCAAGAUGAGCCCCGAGGAUCGUCAUCGUUUGUUAUGGAAAACAGAAAAUGAUGGGGUACGCUAA